AUGGCCACGAACCCCAUUGACAGAUGUUGGAGGUGUGACCCCAACUGGGCCGACAACAGGCAGAAGCUUGCAGAUUGCGUUCAGGGCUUUGGGAGAAACACUAUUGGAGGAAAGGGUGGUCCAUUCUAUGUGGUCACAGACCCUUCAGAUGACAACAUGGUGGACCUAAAGCCAGGAACUCUUCGCCAUGCAGUUACACGUAAUGGUUCAUUGUGGAUCAUCUUUGCUCGCAGCAUGUUCAUCACGCUUAAGCAGGAGCUCAUCAUGACCGGUGACAAGACCAUUGAUGGAAGAGGCGUUGAGGUCUACAUUGCCGGUGGUGGUGCUGGCAUCACCAUCCAGUUUAUCAAGAACGUCAUCAUCCAUGGAAUUAAGAUCUACGGCAUUCAGGUUCAUGGGGGUGGAAUGAUCAGGGAUUCUGAGACACAUUAUGGGUUUAGGACUCAGAGUGAUGGAGAUGGCAUUUCCAUCUUUGGUUCUAGCAAUGUUUGGAUUGAUCAUGUUUCCAUGAGAAACUGCUAUGAUGGACUUAUUGAUGUCAUCAUGGGAUCCACUGCCAUUACCAUUUCCAACAGCCAUUUCACAGACCAUAACGAGGUGAUGCUCUUUGGUGCUAGUGACAGCUACGAUGAUGAUAAGAUCAUGCAAGUCACUCUUGCAUUCAACCACUUUGGCAAGAGAUUAAUUCAAAGGAUGCCUAGAUGCAGACAUGGUUUCAUCCAUGUGGUUAAUAACGAUUACACUCACUGGGAAAUGUAUGCGAUUGGUGGCAGCAAGCAUCCCACCAUCAUAAGCGAGGGUAAUCGAUUUAUUGCUCCUGAUAACAUACAUGCUAAACAGAUCACAAAGAGAGAAUACUCUCCAGAGAACGUUUGGUCAGCAUGGCAGUGGAGAUCAAUCAAUGAUGAGUACAUGAAUGGAGCAUAUUUCGUGGAAUCUGGGCCUGAGCUUGUUAACAGACCAUUCUCAAGGUAUGACAUGAUCACAGCCAAGCCAGGAACUUACGUGGGAAGGCUUACACGCUAUGCUGGCAGCCUUAGGUGUAGAGUGGGUAAACCUUGUUAA